UAUCAAUACCGAUCGAUUGUAUGAUUCCACGAUCCCUGUGUGGUAUAAAAACGGCGCUGAAUAGCAGUAAAGAUCAUCACUUACAUUUGUUUUAUUCUCCACGGAGUCAGUGAAAUAACACCACAAACAAAAACGAUGAAGUUUCUACUGCUUGUGGCUAGUGUAUUAUGCCUUGUGCUAAUCGUAUCCGCCCGUCCGGCUGACGACACGUCUGAUCAAGAAUCAUCUACUGAGCUAAGCGAAGACGCUGGGGCAGAGGAGGGUGCAGAGGAUGCUGGUUCAGAUGCGGAAGCCGAUGCCGGUGCAGCUGACGGCGAAGAAGGAGCAACGGACACAGAGUCAGGGGCUGAGGGUGAUGAUAGUGAAAUGGACUCCGCUAUGAAAGAAGGCGAAGAAGGUGCAGGUAGCGAUGAUGCAGUGAGUGGAGCCGACGAUGAAACCGAAGAGUCAAAGGAUGACGCAGAAGAGGACAGCGAAGAGGGUGGCGAAGAGGGUGGCGAUGGCGCGAGUGGCGGUGAAGGAGGUGAAAAAGAGUCCCCCCGUAACACGUACCGUCAGGUGCACAAGCUGCUGAAGAAGAUCAUGAAGGUUGACACCAAGGACAAGUACCUGAAGUCGUUCGUUGUGGGCCGUCUGCAGGAACGUUUGAUGAACCCUACCAUCGAUCUGGUCAGCACUAUCGAAAAGUAUUCCAAGAUUAAGGAGUGCUUCAGCUCACUGGACAAGGACGUAUCAGCGAUGGUAAAGGAGUCCGAAAAGUCGUACGAAGAGUGUAGCAAGGAUAAGACCAACACUAGCUGCGGUACGGAAGGCACCCGGGAGCUGGACGAUGGACUCAUCGAGAGGGAGCAGGAACUGUCCGACUGUAUCGUUGACAAGCGCGAUGCAGAGUAGGAAACACACCGUUAACGACACACACGCGCGGCGUUGCCCCUUGGAAUCUUGCAAUAAAUAAAUGCAUCAUAUAAAAUGAAA